UGACUUCUGACUGCUAAAGCAGGUAACAGGUAACAAGGUCAUCGAACAUCGGCAAAAGUCCGGCCGAACCUGUCCUCAGUCCAGCACAGACAGCAGACAGGGGGACAUGGCCGAGGGUUCCGCCCCCACCGUCGACACUCACGUCCAUCUGUGGGACCUGGAGAAGUGGGACUAUGCCUGGCCCACUCCUGACCUGAAGCCGUUAUGGCGUAACUUCUACCCAGAGGACCUACAGACAGCCAUGGGAACCACACCUGUACACAACAUCAUCUUUGUGCAGGUUCUCAACCACUCCACACAGGAGACGGAGUGGGUGUUGGAACUGUGUGAGAAGCACCCAUUCCUGGCUGGGGUGGUGGGCUGGGUGGACCUCACUGAUCCACAGCUGGAAUCUACCCUUGACAGACUUGCCACCAGUCCCUACUUCCUGGGUGUUCGGUACAUUCUGGAUUUCGAGGCAGAUGAUUGGCUGUCCCGUGCUGAUGUUCAGAACGGCCUGGGGAUGCUGGAGAGAAGGGGGCUGACCUAUGACCUUCUGAUCAGGACCAGGCAUUUCAGGUAUGCUAAGGAGGUUGUUGCCAAGUUUCCCAAGCUGAAGUUUGUGAUCGACCAUCUGGCCAAGCCUAACAUCAAGGACGGGGUGAUGGAAGGAUGGAGAGAGGGGAUGAAGGAGUUGUCCAGUUUUCCCAAUGUCUACUGCAAGCUGUCAGGGAUGGUGACAGAGGCAGACCCAGACAAGUGGACUGUGGAGGACCUCAGGCCAUAUGUGCAGCAUGUUCUGCAGUGUUUUGGCCACGAGCGCUGCAUGUUUGGCUCUGAUUGGCCGGUGUGUCGUAUGGCCAACGCUGACUACCCACAGGUCCACCAGGCGCUCUACCAGUGUCUGGACAGAUGCACCGCGGAACAGAGGGAAGCCAUCUUUGGGCGCAAUGCUGUGGAGUUCUACAGCAUCAAGACCCUCAAUACCUAGCUAAUGUCAAAUCUUUUGUCUGCAAUACAUGCUGAAUGUUGGUGACAUUUCUUGCCAAAGCCAUUCUACUUUACAGCUUCAUAGCAUGGUACAUGACAAAUCCUCAAAACCUACAUACCGGGUAUGUAGUGUCAAAUCUUUUGUCUUUAAUACAUGCUGAAUGUUGUUGACAUUUUUUGCCAAAGCCAUUCUACUUCAUAGCUUCUUAGCACAAUACAUGACAACACUGGAUGAACAGUUUUUGUAUGAUGAAUUUUUAUGAUGCUUAUGAUGCAGGUGUGCCUACCUGAGGGAAUUGUUGCAAUAUCGGUUCCAAUGUAUAGUAAAAGAUAGUUUUUGUAUGAUCGAAUUUGCUUACGAUGCAGUAUACUAAUAUGUGCCUACCUGAGGGAAUUGUUGCA